AUGAUAUUUUUCCUGGUCAGAGUUGGCGUAACGUUCAGCCGGCACCCGAGCAACCAGACGGCAUCUCAGGGCAAUGCCGUUCGUUUGGGCUGUGCCGUGGAGGGCAUCGAGGAGCCUGACGUGGUUUGGAUGAAGGACGGUGCACGGCUACUGAGCAGCGACCAGAUGUUCAUCGCACUCGGGGAGAGACACUGGGAGACCUAUCAUAGUGUGAAGUCAGUCCAGCAGCAGGAUGCGGGUCAGUACUGGUGCGAGGUGGACUUCCACGGUGAGACCUUUUCAUCCGGACGGGCUUGGAUCACAGUUGAGGGCGUCCCGCAUUUUGUCCAAGAACCGCAAGACGUGUCCACGCUUCCCGGUGAACCCUUCAACCUAACCUGUGGCGCCGUCGGACCACCCGAGCCCGUGGAGGUUCUUUGGUGGCUGGGAGGCAUCCGGGAGGGUCCCGCCAAAUCGUCCCCCUCAGUUCUUCGGGUCCCGGGUGUCAACAACACAAUCAAGUUCUACUGUGAGGCCCGGAACGCCCGCGGGAUUUCCGUGUCUAGAACCGGAACGGUUUACAUCAAAGCAUUGCCAGCGGCUCCCGUUACGCUGAGGGUUACCAAGAUGGAAGAAGAUACCGCUUUUUUGUUAUGGCAACCAGGAUUCACAGGCCACUCGGAAUUGUCCAGCUGCAUUGUCCAGGUAGCGCACACACUUGCGUUUGGAUAGUCAUUUUGCCGUGCCCUGGAUGUGCCCGUCCCUCCACACGCUCACGUCCUCUCUGGUCUGGCCUGCCACUCUAAUUACAGCACCCGUGUUUCCUGCCGCAACGAGGUUGGAGCGUCGCCCUUCUCGACCUGGACGCGCUUCCUCACGCCCGAGUCGGUGCCAUCCGCCGCCCCGAGGAAUUUAACCUUCCAUCUGUCAGAAGAGCAGCUCAGCCUGGAGUGGGCAGAGCUUCAGAAGGAGGUGCUCAAGGGAGAGCUGCUAGCCUACAAGGUGCAAUGGAUUCUAGGAGGGGAGCAACAGGAACCUCUGCUUUUUAAGGAGCCACGUGCUCGCCUGUCAGGCGCUAGCCGCUUCUUCAAUGCAUCAGUCCAGGUUUCUGCCUGUACAGCUAUGGGAUGCGGACCUUGGAGCUCCCCGGUGGUGGUCCUGCCCACUUCAGCAUUGUGCGCCCCUAAGGAGCGGAACCACAUUUGGGCAGGCGUUCUUUUCGCUCUCUUAGCGCUGACUGUGUCGGCGCUGCUUUUUUCUGUUGUUGCUAGACGGCGUGGAAAGGAAACUCAUUUUGGUCGGGUUUUUCCACCUACUGGCCCCGACACUCCCGUGUCCUUCACUGCUGCUCGUUCCUUCAACAGAAACGGCGGGGACGCAAAUAUUUCGACACUGGGAAGUCUAGGUAUCAGCAAGGAGCUCAACAACAAACUGAAGGAUGUUCUCAUCCCAGAGAGGCAGCUAGUACUCGGACACAUGUUGGGCAAAGGUGAGUUCGGGUCAGUGCGUGAGGCUUUCCUGAAGACUGACGACUCUCAAGUCCAGAAGGUGGCGGUCAAAGUUCUGAAAUCUGACAUCACCUCAUCAGGUGACAUCGAGCAAUGCUUGAAGGAAGCGGCCUACAUGAAGGACUUUCACCACCCCAACGUUAUCCAGCUUAUUGGAGUGAGUCUGCAUCGGCGUCACGCACAGCGUUUGCCUGUCCCAAUGGUGGUCUUACCCUUCAUGAAGCACGGAGACCUGCACACGUACCUGCUCCUGUCCAGACUUGGGGACACUCCCUUUGACUUACCCCCAAACGUGCUGGUUCAGUUCAUGCUGGACGUAGCUCGAGGAAUGGAAUACCUGAGCGCUCGGAAUAUCAUCCACAGAGACCUGGCGGCCCGCAACUGCAUGCUUGGCGAAAACAAGGUGGUGUGCGUGGCAGACUUCGGCCUCUCAAAGAAGAUCUAUUCAGGAGAUUAUUACCGACAAGGAUCUGUCUCCAAGCUUCCCGUCAAGUGGAUCGCUUUGGAAAGCUUGGCUGACAACGUCUACACCACGCAGAGUGACGUGUGGUCCUUUGGUGUCACCAUGUGGGAAGUGAUGACCCGGGGCCAGACGCCGUACCCCGGCGUGGAGAACUCUGAGAUCUACGAGUACCUGAUCCGAGGAGAACGCCUCAAGAAACCUGCCGAGUGCAGACAAGACAUCUACGACGUGAUGCACAGCUGCUGGAGUCCUGUCCCCAAAUGUCGACCCACGUUCCAGCGUCUGGUGGUCCUGCUGGAGGAGCUGCAGCUCAGCUUUUCACCGGUGCCUCCACACAAAGAGUCCUUACAUUACGUCAACCUGGAGGGGGAGCCCAGGGGGGGCUGCGGCGGCGGGUCACGUGACGACGGUGUCCCCUGGGACCAGGAACGGGAUUGGCUCAUGGUAGCGUCCGGUGCCGCGUUGGCCAUCGGAGGCGGAGACUAUAGGUACAUUGCGGACCCUCGCGGAGGUGCACAAGGGGAGCAGGGGGGCGACAUAGACGAGGAUGACGACGCUGUCAUCCACGUGUGA